AUGUUUCAUAAGAAGAAUAUUUAUAAGCCUUUGAAUAUAUAUAUUGGAUCUUUAUGUUUUUUUUCCGGAAAAACCUGCUUAAUUUCAGGUGGUUCAAGAGGAAUUGGUCUUGGGAUUGCACAAAGGUUUUCAAAAGAAGGGAAUCGUUGUAUUUUAGUUUCUCGUAAUGAAAAUAAUUUAAAAAAUGCCAUCUGUUCUCUUUCUUCUAGAAAGGAUCAUGAAUAUUAUUGUUUGGAUGUCAGAAAUCCUUAUCAGUGGGAACAACUUGCUAAGAAAAUUGAUAAGCUACACGUACUUGUAAAUGCCGCUGGUGUAUCGCAAUAUGCUUUUCUUCCCAAAAUUUCUGUAGAAGAGAUUGAAAAUAUCAUUUCAACAAAUCUUUUAGGAUCUAUUUAUUCAUGUCGUGUAUUUUUACGACAUUUUCUCAAAAAUAAGGGUGGCUCAAUUAUUAAUAUUUCUUCUUCUAUAACAUUAAGUGGAGGUUCAGGUGCUACAAUCUAUGCUGCUUCGAAGGCAGGAAUAUCAGGGUUUACAAAGGCAUUGUCUGCAGAAUGGGCAUCUAAAGGAAUUAAGGUGAAUGCAAUUUCACCAGGCUAUGUUGAUACACACAUGUUAAGUCAAAUGAAGAAAGAAAUGCGAGAUUUCGCUUUAUUGAGUAAUCAUAUGAGAAGAUUUGGAAAUAUAGAAGAAAUUGCAUCUGCUGCCUUUUUUCUUGUAUCUAAUGAUUUUAUAACAGGAACUACACUACACAUAGAUGGUGGUAUUUAA